GGCCUUAACUGCAUCAGAGAUUCUCCGAAGCACAAGUAACACCCAUUAUCACGAAAACUUCCUUGUGGUUGCUCACUGCAAUGGAUGUUGCUGGUCUCAGAAAAUCUAAAAUGGUUCUCAAGGGUGAAGUAAAGAGAAAGAACGACCCUGGGAAUUCAAAGCUAUUGGCAUCUGAUGCCCUGCUUCUCCCCUUGGGGCUCACCAACAAGUUCUUUUUUCUCGUUUUCUUCGCAUCAUCAUAUUUCCUGAUGAAGAGAUGGAGAGAGAAGAUGGGUACCUCAACGCCUCUCCAUGUUGUCAACUUUGAGGAGCUUGUGGCCAUUGUUGCCCACUUGUCUUCCUUCAUAUAUUUGCUGGGAUUCUUUGGAAUUGAUUAUGUCCAAAACUUUAUCAGUGGAAAUGAUGAUUUUGUUGAGGAGGCGGAUAUCAACAUUCCUCCAGCAACCUGUGGGAUAGAAGACAAAGAAGAAAUUAUUGUUAAGAAACCUGAGGUCCAGCUCAAGGGAAUUAACCUUGGUGACAACGACGACGCAGACAUUGCAGCUGCUGUAUGUAAUGGCACUGUGGCCUCCUAUUCUCUUGAAUCUUCACUUGGGGACUGCAAGAGAGCUGCCUCUGUGAGGAGGAGUGCCUUGGAGAUCAUGACUGGGAGAUCGCUUGAUGGGCUGCCCUUGGAGGGAUUUGAUUAUCAGUCCAUUCUUGGGCAGUGCUGUGAGAUGCCUGUGGGUUAUGUACAAAUCCCUGUGGGUGUAGCAGGGCCCUUACUAGUCAAUGGGUUAGAGUACAUGGUGCCCAUGGCAACCACAGAAGGGUGUCUGGUGGCCAGCACCAACAGAGGUUGCAAGGCCAUUCUUAUGAGUGGCGGGGCCACAAGCAUUCUUCUCAGAGAUGGUAUGACUAGGGCUCCUGUUGUGAGAUUUCAGAGUGCCAAGAGGGCUGCGGAACUCAAGUUCUAUAUUGAGGAUCCCGCAAACUCUGAUAACCUCUGUGACAUUUUCAACAGGUAGUUGUUUCUUUUCCAGAUCCACCAUUUCA